GGUGAAAAUAUAUGCAGUUUCAAUAAAGUUUAUAAAUUCUGGGGAUCCUUCUGCUGAUGAUUUACACAAUUUUUUAGCAGAUAAAUAUGAUAUUGAUAAAUUUUCUGUAAUAGCAAAAAUUGCUAAUUCAUUUAUUGUAUUAAUUUUGUGGUUGGAGUUUUUAUUAUUAUUAAGAUUUUUUUCACGCCCUGCACAUUUUAUCAAUUUGAUAAUUGAUAUAGUAAAAAGUAUUUGGCCAUUUUUGGUUUUCAUGUUGAUUGUGAUUUUUGGGUUUGGUCAUGCAAUGUUCAUAUUAUUACAGUAUGGUGUAACUGAACUUGGUUCAGGUCCAAAUUUUGAUACUUUCAAAAUUUACAGUAGUGCCUCAAUGCUUCUUGAUAAUAGUAAUGAUCCUUUCCAAAAUAUUAUCAUUAAAAAAGAGUUUAAUGAUGAAAAUGACAACUAUUUUGUUUCAUUUUGGAAAUCUGUGGAAGCUGUUUAUUAUUGGCCUGCAGUGACUUCACCAUAG